AUGACCGAAAAAGUAAAUGUUGUUUUACAGAUAGAGAAGAUCCGUGAAUCAAGACCUGGUUCGCUCAAGUCUGGCAGAAGCGGACGACGUCCACAGUUUCCUGACAUCGAGAAGCAAUUAUUCUCAUUGUACUGCCAGCGACUGGAAACUGGCAGUAAAGUUGGAAAUCGAUGGUUACGUGAGCGAGCUCGAGAACUUGCUGGAGAUGCGAAUACAGCGUGCCAAUUUUCGGAACGUUGGCUGAGUAAUUUCAAGAAGCGCUUCCACAUCAACGUUCAACGGGAAAACGACUCCAUCGUCGACUCUCAGUCAACCAAUUCCACAUCUAGCGACAGGCAAACACUAUCAGAUACAGAGACUGAGGGAUUUGUUGAGCAUAUCGAAAUGGAGAACGGGAUACAUCAAGACGUUGUCGCUGAGAUUGUGAAUCAGCCGGGACAGCUACCUAUCCAGGCGUUCUACGAGAAGUUCCCCUGGCUCUGCAAGAAAGGAGCGCAGGUCGAGCCGGGCAGGAGGGGCCGCAAAGUGCAGUUUCCAGAUGUGGAACGGGUGCUUUACGAACGACUUGUAGAGCGACAAAAAAGUGGCGAACGCGUCUCGAAUCGCUGGCUGCAAGAUCAGGCUCGCGAUCUAGCCACAGAACUAUGUCCAGGAAUUCUCGAAGAAGCCGUGAAAUCAUCGCGAUGUCUAUUUUCGGAGCACUGGCUCCACAACUUCAAGAAACGCUAUGGGAUAAGUCUCAAGUACAAAAGUGCCACAGCCGAGCCAGGUCCGGAGAGUGCGAGCACAUCGGCGCAGGUUUCGCCGAUUCCUUCAGCCGACACCAUGGACGCCAAUCUGACCGUUCUUCACCUGCACAACUGGUUCAUGAACCAAUGCUAUGCGCCACUUUGGUCGUCGGCUUCGCGACCCUACACAUUUUCAUGA